AUGAAAAAAAAUAAUAUAAAAAAAAAUAAACUCAAGACAUUAUGUGAGACUCGUUGGGUUGAGAGGCAUGAUGCAUUAAUUACAUUCAAAGAAUUGUUUUUGUACAUCAUAGAAGCUUUAGACGACUAUGAAAAUAAUGGUAGUAAAUCAGAUUCAUCAAGUAAAGCAGCGAUGUAUGGUAGUGCUAUCAGAAAAAGCGAUUUUCUUGUUUCAUUAGAAGUAGCAGUUUUUAUUUUUUCUUAUACAUUAAAUUUAAGUCAAAUUCUUCAAAGUAAACAACAAGACUUAUCAAAAGCACUAAAUGAUGUUAUAACUGUACGAGAAUCUUUAGAAUCUAUCCGUAAAGAUGUUGAUAGUCAUUUCAAAAAUAUAUUUAGUGAAGUACUUAAAAUUGCUUCUAAAAUAGACGUCGAUAUUAAAAUACCUCGAGUUUGUGGCAAACAAAAUCAAAGAGCUAAUGUGAAUGUUACAAAUCCGGAAGAUUAUUACAAAAUAACUAUAUUCAUUCCAUUUAUUGACCAAAUUAUAUGUGAAUUAAGGACUCGAUUUGAUCAAAGGUUAAGAGAAAUUAUUCCACUUGAAGGGUUAAUCCCAUCACAUUUCAAUAAAUAUGAUACUAAAACUAUUUUGGAGGCUGCAAAAAUAUACGAAAAUGAUCUUCCCUUAAAUGCGAUUGUUACAUUAAAGGCUGAAUUAAGUAUAUGGCAAAAUCAAUGGAAAGACGAUGGACAAAAUAGCACAGUGAAUAAACCUCAAACCGCUAUUGAGACUUUACCUUAUUGUACAAAUAUUGUGCCUAAUAUUAAAUUGCUUUUACAAAUAUUCACAACUCUUCCUGUUACAACAGCUACGCCAGAACGUACUUUUUCUACCUUAAAACGACUAAAAACCUACUUAAGAUCAACAAUGACUGAAAAUAGACUAAAUGGAUUAGCUUUAGUGAAUAUAAAUAAAAAAGAGGUCAUUUCAGAAACUGAAAUUAUUGAGGAUUUUGCAGAAAAAGCACCAAGAAAAUUGCAACUCAUAGAUUGGUCAAAAUAA